AUGGGCGACGAACUCGCUGAGUUGAAGGCGGAGGUGAAGAGGCUGCACACUAAGUUGCAGAAGGUCGAAGACGAGGCAGAGAUCAGGAAAGUCCAUUUCAAAUAUGGCUACUAUCUCGACAAGUGUCUGUACCAGGAGGUCGUUGACAUGUUCUCCAACCACCCGGACGCGUACGUCGAGUUUCUGGGCUCACGGUACCGUGGGAAAGAAGGAAUCCGUCGACUGUACAUUGGGCGAUUCCAGAAUUUCUUCGUCAAAGGACGCAAUGGGCCCGUGUACGGCUUUCUGCUCGACCACCCUAUGAUGCAAGACAUCGUGGACGUCGACCCGUCUGGGACUCGUGCCUGGGCAAGAAUCCGCGCCCUCAUGUCCGCUGGCACGCAUCAGUCCAUCCAGGAAGAACACCCUCGGGGCCACGCUCAAUGGUGGGAAGGCGGCCUGUACGAGAACGAAUACAUCAAGGAAGACGGUGUGUGGAAACCGUUUCGAUAUCGGUACUUUCCCUUUUGGCAUGCAGAUUUCGAGCGCGGAUGGGCACACACCAAGAAGAAUUAUAUCCCUUGGCCGACGCAGACGUACCCGGAGGAUCCGAGUGGGCCGGAUGAAUUGAUUGAACAGAAGAUGUUGUGGCCGGAUACGCGGUGCAUUCCGUUCCACUACCCACACCCUGUGACUGGGCAGUUUGUCAAAGACGAUGACUUGAGGGCGCCGAAGUAUGGCGAGGAUGUCAGUACCAGUUUGCCGCCCUUGAGUAUUGCGUUGCCGAAAGAUCAGUUGGAGAAGCUAGAGAAGGAGAAGGGGGAGACUGAGAAGGUGGUUGAGAAGAACGGGGUCAUUGCGGAUAGCACAGCGGUUGCUUGA